UUCAUCACUUAUAUAGUGAUUUAAGAAAAUAUCCUGCCAAGUUUAAAGAAUAUACUCGAAUGAGUAUUGAAACUUUCGACUAUAUUCUCGAAAAUAUUGGUGAUAAAUUAAAAAAGAAGUGGAGUAAUUUUAUUAAAGUACCAAUAUGUCCAUGUGAACGCUUGAUAGUAACUUUCAGAUUUCUGGCAACUGGAGCAUCAUUUGCCUCACUAGCUUUUUCGUUUCGGCUAGGCAAAUCAACAGUAGGAGCUAUUGUUAAGGAGACAACCCAAGUUCUAUGGGAUAAUAUGUUUACUAUACAUAUGCCGCAGCCAAACGAACAAUGUUUUCAAGAAAUUGCAAAGCAAUACUGGAAGCUAUGGAACUUCCCAAAUUGUAUUGGUGCUAUUGACGGGAAGCACAUACGAAUCAAGUGUCCAGGAAAUACUGGCUGCAUGUAUUAUAAUUAUAAACACUUUUUUUCUAUUGUGUUGCAAGGUAUUGCCGAUGCCAACUGCAAAUUUAUUGCGGUUGAAGUUGGUGGAUACGGAAAGCAAAGUGAUGGUGGCACUUUUAGCUCUUCCAAAAUCUUUAAUCUUUUAAAAAGUGGAGAACUACCUGUACCAGGAUAUACAUGUCUGCCAAACAGUGAAGAAUUUGUGCCAUAUGUAUUUCUUGGGGAUGAGGCUUAUCCCCUUUUAGAAUGUUUGUUAAGGCCGUAUAGCCGAAAGGAGAUAACGGAAGACCAUGAAUAUUUUAAUGCCCGGCUUUCAAGAGCUGGAAAGUGCAUUGAAUGCGCCUUUGGGUUAUUAAGUGCAAGGUUCAGAAUAUUAUGGAAACCCAUUGAAACGGAUCCUUUGUUCGCUGAACUCAUUGUAAAAUGUAUAUGCCUUCUACACAACAUAAUUAUUGAUUUAGAAGGAUUAGAUGAAAAUUUAAAGGAAGAAGUGCAAAAAGAACAUUUUGAAAAAAUCAUAAAAGAAUUCAAUAAAACAAGUGUCAAAAAGGUAGAUUAAUAAGAGAUAAAUUUUGUAAUUUCGUAUGCAUGAAUAAAAUAUAAUAAAUUUCAAUGUAA